AUGGCCUAUCAACCUGCUAUUAUGAGUGUCUCCUUGGGACGACCUUGGCUCCAUGAUUUUGAAUAUAAGAUGGACCAAGCUUCAAAAGCAGGUUUCAAAGGAGUAGAGCUUUUCUACGAAGACCUCGAUUAUUUCGCACGAGGGAUUUCCAAGAAUGACACCCCAACAUCCGAUCAACUGCUCCAAGCAGCAGAUAAGAUCCACUCAAUCUGUCAAGCCCACUCCCUCGAGAUUAUCACGCUGCAGCCGUUCCUCUUCUACGAGGGACUCAAAGACCGAGAGCAGCAUGCAAAGCUGAUUGAAAAGAUGAAACUGUGGCUGCAGCUCGCCAAACGCUUGGACACCACCACCAUCCAAAUCCCCGCCAACUUCCUCCCGGCAGAGCAACUUACGGACGACAUUGAUGUUAUAGUGGCCGAUCUGAGGCAACUGGCGGAUAUGGGCGCCGCCGAAACUCCCGUUAUUCGCUAUGCGUAUGAGAAUCUCUGCUGGAGCACGGUCAACGACACCUGGGAGAAAGUCUGGGAUGUGGUUAAGCGCGUUGACCGACCUAAUUUCGGCAUGUGUCUUGACACCUUCAACAUCGCGGGGAAGGUGUGGGCCGACCCCACCUCGCCAACCGGCAAGACGGCCAAUGCGGAUUCAGAUUUGAAGGAGUCGCUCGAGCGGAUGGUGGCCGAGGUCGAUGUUGCGAAGGUCUUUUAUCUUCAGGUUGUAGAUGCAGAGAGGUUGCAAUCACCACUGGUCCCGGGUCAUCCGUUCUACGUGGAUGGUCAGCCGGCGCGGAUGAACUGGUCGCGGAAUGCGAGAGCUUACAUGUACGAGGAGGACCGCGGAGUAUAUCUGCCUGUGGAAGAUGUUGCAAGAACUAUUACGUCGGGAUUGGGAUACAAGGGAUGGAUCUCGAUGGAGUUGUUUUCGAGAACGAUGGCUGAAGAGGGUCAACAUGUACCCGAUCAGCAUGCGCAGAGGGGUAUUGCGUCUUGGAAGAAGCUACAGCAGAGGCUUCAGCUCAAUUGA